AUAUGAGUUCGCUUUUUCAAGUGACACAUAUUUAAAACACUUUUCAAACAAACAUGAAAUCAAAGCAUUCCAAAUUUUGUGAAAUAGUCUAUACUUGUGUGCCUCACAUGGUAAAGAUAGCAUAGUAAUUGAAACAAGAGCAUAUACUGUACAUAAAAAUCACAUCAUGAUUAGUAGAGGUCGAUUUUUGAUCAGGUAAGUGGGGUGCUCAAAUCAUGACCUUCCCCUCUCAUACCUAAAUUACCGAGCCGAGACACUUUGGUGAUAACGGACUAAUGGCUUUUGGUAUGAGUCGUGGGUUUCCUAAAUUUUCCAGAAUUAUUUAGGUGGCGACUCUGAAAUCUGACAAUACAGUCCAUUUUUGGCAUUUUUGAUUAAAAAUUAAUUUUCUAAAACGGAUUGCCGCAUUUGGACUCUUUUGUGUUUCUCUGUUUCACAUUGCACAUGUGAAACAAGAUUCAGAACCAUAGGAGUUCGAACUGUAGGACUAUCAUAUCCAAGGCGACUAAACCCCUCCAAGGAGCACGAAAAGCAAGCUACACUUAGCCUGUGCUAUAUAAAGCGAUCAACGCUUGUUAAAGUUUGACAUACAUUCUAUGUAUUAUGUAUGUCUCAUAUAUCCCAACUCCCAAAAACUGCACGUAUAUUAUACUUAUUUUCCAGGUGGAGCUUCAAGAAGGUCCUUUGGAUCAGUUCACAUACGAGAUGAAACCCUUCCUACACAAGCAAAGGAUGCCUGUUAGGUUGAACAAAGGGCUGGUGGAGCUUGUUUUAGACUUUAUUGUUUGUGAAGAGGGGAAGCCAUUGUCCCCAGAGUCAGCUCGCAUACUGGGUGUUUCCAUUUGUCUUUCUUGUACUCAUUCUCGUAGAUUGUGAGACUUCCAAGUCAAGCUACCAGGUUUUCCAAAGUGGGUGUUGAGCUAAGCCUCUUCCUUGUUCCCUUGGCUGGCCCUUGAGGGGAUGAUAUUUCGACAUGGCCUAUAAUAAGACAGAAGGCCCCUCAGUAGCGAUUUUGAAUUUAAGGAUAGUUUUUGGUUGGUUUAUAACUUAAGGAUUUUUUUUGGGGAUUAUUUUGAAUGUUUUGGAUGGUUUUGAACUUAUGGAUAGUUUUUGAUGUCUAGAAACAUAGUUUUUGGAUGGUUUGGAAUAUAUAGAUCAUUUUUGGAUGUUCAA